CCGGAGGGGGCGCCAGGUGAAUGAAAGGGGGGCGUGUCGGUGCGCGUAGCUCUGUGGCGGCGCGGCUGGAACCUGGUGGAAGUCACUGCAGUUGGAUAGCUGCUCAUAUUUGUUAGAUCCAAGAUAACCUGCAUCAUAAAAACACUAUGGAAUCAAUGGUUUUAGAAGCAUUGUUUUUUUAAAUGUGCAUCUUGUUCAUAAGGCUGAAAUCCGUGAGUUAACUGAAACAAAGUCUUGGCGGAGAUACAGGCCACUCCAGAGCAGCAGCUGCCGGUGGAGACAUGGAAAUGCAGACGUACUGCGCCAAGCUCUUGGGGGAGCUAAAUGAGCAGCGGAAAAGGGACUUCUUCUGCGACUGCAGCAUCAUCGUGGAAGGCCGCACCUUCAAGGCCCACAGGAACAUUUUGUUUGCUAACAGUGGCUACUUCCGGGCCCUGCUCAUCCACUAUAUCCAGGACAGCGGGCGCCACAGCACCACCUCCUUAGACAUUGUCACCUCUGAUGCCUUCUCCACCAUUUUAGAUUUCCUUUAUUCUGGGAAGUUGGAUUUGUGUGGGGAGAAUGUGAUUGAAGUUAUGUCCGCUGCCAGCUACCUGCAGAUGAAUGACGUGGUGAAUUUCUGCAAGACCUAUAUCAGAUCUUCCCUUGAUAUUUGCCGGAAGAUGGAGAAGGAAGCUGCCCUGGCCGCAGUGGUGGCAGCAGCAGCUGCAGCGGCAGCCCAUCAGGUUGACAGUCCAGGCAAGGAGGGGACCUCCUGUGGUACCAAGAGCUUGGUCUCCUGCCCUGUUGGAGCAAAGGAGAUUGUGGACUACAAAAGAGAGUCCCCUUGCGAUGACUGUGGGGAAUGCCACCCCUUGGAACUGGUGGUGAAAGACAACCAAGGCCGAGGCUUGGCUGACAGCGGUCUCUCUGCUCUGCCCAAACGAUUAGAGCCCAAGGUGGAGCCCAAGGUGGAAUUCGAUGCUGCGCAGGUGCAGGCGGAGGCCGAGGUCAGGGAGCCGGUGCUGCAGGGUGCAGCCGCGCUGAGCCCGGCCCACGUGGAGGAGGGCACCCUCGGUGCUGUCCAGGCUUACAGUAACUAUCAUGUGAAGCAGUUCCUGGAGGCUCUCUUGCGCAAUGGUGCUGUCCAGAGCAAAGAUGACACUGACCAUCACUUCUCUCGAGGUUUGGAGGGAAGACCGGAGGGUGCGGGGAUUGCCAUGGGCUCUGUGGUGGACAUCCAGGCGGACUGGUAUGGAGAGGACUCAGGUGAUGUGCUGGUGGUCCCCAUCAAGCUCCACAAGUGUCCUUUCUGCCCGUACACGGCCAAACAGAAGGGCAUCCUCAAGCGCCACAUCCGCUCCCACACGGGCGAGCGUCCCUACCCCUGCGAGACCUGUGGCAAGAGGUUCACACGACAGGAGCACCUGCGGAGCCACGCCCUGAGCGUGCACAGAUCCAGUCGUCCAAUCAUCUGCAAGGGCUGCAGAAGAACCUUCAUGAGCCACCUGUCACAGGGGCUGCGGCGCUUCGGGCUAUGUGACAGCUGCACUUGUGUCACAGACUCUCACGAGGACGAUGAUGAUUUGAUGCCCAUUAACCUUAGCCUGGUGGAGGCUUCGUCCGAAAGCCAGGAGAAGAGUGACACAGACAAUGACUGGCCAAUCUGCGUGGAAUCUGGUGAGGAGAACGACCCUGCCAGAGAGGGCUCUGAUGACAGGCCACGGAUUCAGCCCAACCUACCAGACCAUGAGACGCUUACAUAGCAAUAAAUUAGUAGGGACGAUGCUUUAGACUGUGUUCUUGCUCAUUCUGUGGUGAAAGGCACUGUUUUCAUGGGAAUCCCAAAAGGAGCAUUUUUUUCACUGUCACUAUAAAUGUAUUUUUGUUAGGUUACUUGAUAGAGGCUGGGUUUUGUGACUUAAAAGACUGACAGACAGCCUUUUAGUGUGAUACCCUUGGUUUCUGAGGGUUUUGCGGGCUGUUCCUUAAUUUUGAGUGAGUCAAGGUUGGAUGAGAGGCUUCUUGUCUUUCCUACUAUGCAUCUAACUUUGGUUGGGAGGAAGAGAAGAAAACCACCAAACUUGUUUUCACAUUGUCUCAGUCUUCUGCAUUCCUUUGUCAUCAUCGUCUUUCUCUGAAAAGGUGGAAAGAACAUGCAAAGUUUUGGAAUCAGUCGUCCCUCUGCCAACUCUCUCCUAAUGGAUUCCACAUUUUAAUUUUCUGGGAAAGUAUUCAAGAGGAAGUUUCAUUCAUAUAAAGUUAGGCAGGGACAUCUGUCUACACGAUAAUAAAAGUCACUGUUGGGAGCUAAGGCUGUAAUUUUAAAGGCUGGGAAUACUUACGUGCAGAUGAGCAUGGAAAUGAGCUGAAAGGCUCAUGAAGGGCGCCCUAGAUUGCCCAGGUGAAUUAGACUUUACAUUUGCCUCAGAAAGAAAGCCUAUGAGCCAGGGUGUGGCGGGUGAUUGCCCUGUCUGAUUUGGGAUUUGUUACACACACACACACACACACACACACACACACACACACACACACACGUUCUGAUAUCAUCCAACAAGUUAUCUUCUCUAAACUCAAAAUGCUCUCCUGUGUUUUCCAGCCAUUUCUCAGAGACACUGCUGUGUAACCUGGAAAUGUAGCCACUCGAUGUUGUUUUACUCAGUUUAUGCCCCAAAGUUGAAUUGGAGGGAAAGUGUAAGUUCACCAAAAUCAUUUAGCUUUUAAAAGACCUUGAAAGAAAGAGAAAAUUAAUAGAACAGGUUUUAAAACUUGUCUGCCCAUUCUGCAGUCAUUCAUUUUAACAAAAAUGCCUGAACUUUUUCUCUUUUAUUUUUUUGUUUUUUAUUUUUGAACUUUUUCUCUUUUUAGACAGGUCUCUUUGUGUAGUUCAAGCUGGCCUUAAAUUCACUGUGCAGCCCAGGCUUGAACUCAAGAUGAUCCUCCUGCCUCAGCCUCUCAAGUACUGGGACGACAGGAAGGUGGCACCACACUUGGCAGGGCUAAAAGUGUUAAAGGAUGGGAAAUACUGUGAAUAAAGGAUGUACGUGACAGUACUUUUAUAAUUAUGUUAAAGUACCCAAAAUGCAUUCUAAAAGAAAACCUCUUGCUUUCCUAUAAGUUUAGUACAGUGUAUCUCAAAAGGCAAUACAAUUGCUUUAUGUGUGUGCCUCUUGAACAACAAUAAAAGCAUUAUAAAUGAG